AGUAGCUAAAAUAAAACGUUCGUCAAAGGGUUUUGCUCUUGGCGUUUAAUAUUAAAAAUCCAAUAGUUCAUUGAUUCAAAAAUAUAGUAUUUUAAUAAGGCAUAACGGGGAGGUUAAUUAGAUCGACAAUAGGGCGGUUCCAAUUUAACACACAAGACUAAAACUUCAACAGCCGUGUACAGAUUCUCACACAAAGAUGAUUCAUUCACUGUGCCUCACGGAAGUUGACGCCAAAUGGCGGUCGGUCAGAGUGGCUCUGGAAGAAGCUGCGGGUGGUGACGGAGAAGGAUGGACGACGUGUCCUUGUCGGAUUCGGAAAGGGUGGCCGGGGAGCGAUGGGCGCCGGUGGGGGCCGUGGCGAACCCCGAGGAGGAGGAGAGCAGCGUGGCUGGAGUGGGCCUGGCGGGCGGCGCGGCGGUGGCGGUGAUGGCGGAGAAGAUGCAGCGGCUGGAAGGUGAGCAGGAGCUGCUGAACUCGUCGCUGCUCGCACUCACCUCGCACUUCGCCCAGGUGCAGUUCCGCCUCAAGCAGAUCGUUAACGCGCAGAGCGAUGAGAAGGAGCGGCUGUUGAAGGAGCUGGAGGACUUCGCCUUCAAGGGCUGUCCGCAGCCCUUCGUAACCCGGGCACUGGACGGACAACAGCUGGACAGUGCGAGUGAAAGGGAAAAACUUGAAAGGCUCGAGGCCCAAAGACAGAAGCAGAAGGAACUGAUUAUACAACUAAAAACACAGUUGGAUGACUUGGAGACAUUUGCUUAUCAAGAGGGCAACUAUGAGUCUCUCCCACAGUCGAUUGUCCUAGAGCGCCAGCGGGUGAUCAUUGAUGAAUUGAUUAAGAAGCUAGACGUGAACCUAAAUGAAGACUUUAGCAACUUGUCGCCAGAUGAACUCCGACAUCGUGUUGAUGCAGCAAUUGCUCAAAUAGUGAAUCCAGCAAGAGUGAAAGAACAGCUGGUGGACCAGCUUAAAACACAGAUUAAUGACCUCGAAAUGUUCAUUAAUUUUCUCCAGGGUGAAGUUGGCAGUCCCCCACAAAUUGAGAUUGGGAGGUGUACAUGUCCUGUACAUGGAGUAAGUGGCUCCAAAGCAUCAACUGCAAAAUUAUCAAGCGGAAGCCAUCACGUGGAUCCAGAAAUGGCGAGAAAAAUGAGGGCGACUGGGCUAAGUCUCAUGCGCAGAGCCCUGGCAGUGCUGCAGAUAUUUGCUGUUAGUCAGUUUGGGUGUGCGACUGGUCAGAUCCCGCGUGGAUUGUGGCAGCCUGAUGAAGCUAACAAGGACUACAGUCCACUGCUACUGAAACUAGAAGGAGCUGUGGAUAAAGUAAAGCAUCUAGCGGUAAGCUAUCAGUCGGAAGAACAUGUGAUUACCUGCCGUGACCUCAGUCUUAAUAGGAAAAAUGAGCUAACAACUGCUGUUCGAAAAGAGCUGGCAAUAUCUCUCAGGGACCUGAUGAGCCAUGGUUUGUAUGCUUCUUCUCAAGGAAUGAGUUUGGUUUUAGCUCCAAUUGCAUGUAUUUUACCCUCAUUCACAGCAGCCCCGCAAACUAUACAUCCAUGGCAACUUUUUGUGAAAUACUACACCACCAGAAAUGGCAGAGCCUUUGUAGAGUCUCCUGCUCGUAAGCUGUCUCAAUCUUUUGCCUUGCCAGUGUCUGGAAGUGGUGUUGUGACUCCUAAACAAAGUUUACUCUCUGCGGUUCACACUGUGCUUACUGAGCAUGGCCCCUACAAGCGCAGUGCAGAUUCAGAAUUUAAGGCCUUGAUAUGCAUGGCAUUGAAUGAGCGGCGUUUGGUUUCCUGGAUAAAUCUGAUCUGUAAAUCUGGAACACUUAUCCAAAGUCACUACCAGCCAUGGAGCUACAUGGCUUCAACUGGUUUUGAGAGUACACUCAAUAUUCUUAGUCGUCUUAGCAACCUGCACUUUGAUCUGCCGUUCGACUCUGCUGUUCGACAAUUAAAAAACAUCAAAGAUGCUUUUUAGUGUUUCUUGAUCGGUAUAUUUUAUUCAAAGCAUUCUAUUUUCUCCUAUUUAAAAUUAAUUUAAAUGUUACUUACAAAUUAAACUAUGCUACUCCUUUAUGAAUUUAAAGUUUUAGUUGAGUGGUUGAGGCAUGUUUAGAAUUGAUUGGAUCAUUUUCUUCCCCCAGUGAUCAGUUACAGUUCUAUUUUAAUUAUUUAAGUGGCGACAGGUAUCCUUUUAUGAAACUCCAGAAUUAAAAAUUUAUAAGAAUAUUGCAGAUUGUUCACUGAAUUAUAGGAUGUACUUCCAUAUGUCAUCAGCAAAGUAUAAUGGGAUAAUUGCAAGGAAUGUGACAUUUGGUUGAAGUGCAUAUAUUAUCACAGAUUAAAUUGGUCUUCUGGACAAGUUACAAUUGUUUUUGGAAAGCAUGAUUGUGAAUUUUGUACAUAAGCUUGAAGCUGGGUGAAGGUUGAAUGUUUUUUCACAUUUUUGUCAUUUUUAAGAGGAAUGUCUGCUAAUGAAAGCUGAGGCAUUGCUGCAAACUGGUUAAGUAAAAGAACAGCAAGCCAUAUAUUUAAUGAGACCUCUUAUGACAGAAAAUCGUGUUCUAAAGCAAAAAUUUUUGAGGGAGAGCCUUUGUCAAGUUUAAUGGCAAAGGUACAGUAUUUUCUCCAUUCUUGAUCUGUUGGUUAAUUUUUACGUUUAAUCAUUUCCUAGUCUGCACAUCAGGCUUCAGCCUAGAAGUAGCCGAGCUUUAGAUCUGUAGUCGAAAGGACUUAUUCAAGCUGGAGGUCUGUAAUUAGUGGUGUUCUGCAGGGAUCUAUGGUGGGACCUCUGCUGUUUGUGAUGUAUAUAAAUCAUUUGGAUGAAAAUGUAUGGGUGUGUUCGUAAAUUUGUGGAUGAUACCAAGAUUGGUGGAGUUGUGGAUAGUGUAGAAGACUGGCAUUAGAAUACAGCACAAUAUAGAUCAGUUGCAGAUAUGGGCAGAGAAAAGGCAGAUGGAGUUUAACCCAGAUAAAUGUGAUGUGUUGCACCUUGGUAGGGCAAAUGCAGGGAGACAGUACACUGUUAAGGGCAAGAUCCUUAAUGGUGUUGCUAAGCAGAGAGAUCUUGGGAUCCAAGCUCUUUGAAAGUGACUGCACAGGUCGAUAGGGUGGUGAAGAAGGCCGAUGGAAUGCUUGCAUUUUAUUAUUCAAGGCAUUGAGUUCAAAAGUCAGGAGGUUAUGUUGCAACUUUAUUGAAAUUUAGUUGGGGCACAUCUGGUGUAUUCCAUACAGUUCUGAUCGCCCCAUUAUAGGAAGGAUGUUGAGGAUUUGGAGAGGGUGUGGAAGAGUUUUACUAGGAUGCUGCCUGGUUUAGAGAGCAUGUGCUAUCAUGAGAGGCUGGUCAAACUUGGGUUGUUUUUUUUUGAGGCGCCUGAGGGGAGAUCUAAUGGAGGUUUACAAGACUAUGAAAGAUAGAGUAUCUUUUUCUGAGGGUGGAAAUGUCUCAAAUCAGAAGGCAUGAAUUGAAGGUGAGAAAGGGGAUGUGAGGGGCAAGUUUUUUUACGCAGAGUGGUGGAUGCUUGGAAUGCACUGCCUGGUAUGGUUGUAGGAGCAAGUACAUUAUGGACUUUAAGAGACGUUUAGAUGGGCACUUGGAGGCCAUUCAUUCAGCAUUUUCAUUUGAUGUAAUUUGAUCAUUUCCAAACUUGUUUUAUCUUUCUGUACUGUUGUUGGAGGGGAAUGGAGUCGUCGACACUAAGGUUUUCUUCUUUUCCAUUUUUAAGUUGUUAGUUUUGCCCAAGUCUUUUAGUUUAGUUGAUUAAUUCUGUUUUUCUUUGGGGAUGGGGUUUGUUUGUUUUUUUUUCUUUUUCAUGGUUUUUUUUUCCAGUUUUUUGCUUUGUGUUAUCCGUUGUUAGUUCUACAUGAUUGGGAGCUUUGUUAAUUUACACUAUUUGGUUUUGCAAUUACUUUUUUAAGUGUAACAAUAUAUCUCCUACUAUUUGUAUUAUUGCUAUGUUUUGUUUCUAUAUUUUGAAAUUAAUAAAAAGAUUGAAAAAGAAAAAGAUGGGCACAUGAAUGUGAGGAAGAUGAAGUGAUAUGGACAGUGUGAAGGUGGGGGGGAUUAGUUUUUCGGGGGGAGGGUUUGGUUUACUUUUUAAGCUAGUUUGACACAACAUUAUGGGCUGAAGAGCCUGUCCCUGUGCUGUACUGUUCUAUGUAAAAGAUUUUUUGACACUGUUCUGACAUUGCUCCAAUGUAUCUCCCUUUUUGUAUAAAAAGAAGUUAUGAAGAACCUGCCCUUAUGCCUAAUGUUUGAGCUUGUUACAUGGGAAAUUGCUGUUUAAGCCCACACCUACCAUUGUUUCGUGUGUUCCAAAUGAUCAUUCUGUAUUUUUGUCUUGCAUAUUAAUUUUGUACUGUCUGGAUAUUGUAUAUGACCAAUGAUGUAAUUGACUACUGUAAGUGUUUGAUAUGGGGUGUGACAUUUUCUUUAAUUUCUUGUGUAUUAAUUGUUCUUGCUACCAAGAAUAUCUAUUAUUACCUGAUCAUUAUGAUCACGUAGCUAAGUAAAUAUAAAUCACUAAUAUCUUAAAUUUAAAUUGUUUAUUUGUUUAUACACAUUAAGAUGUAAUGUAUUCAAUUAAAUCAUGAUUGCCUAGGAGGUCAUGAGAAAUCAUGGAAAUCGGCUUUCAUUAACUGGCUUUGCAUUUUUUUGCUGAGGUAUUAUUAACAUAAUAUUAUACUUUUUUUCCUGGUCAACACUUUUCUGAUAUGUAGCAUUUGAAGGUAACAUGUUGGAUGAAAUAUAUUGACAUCUUAGUUAUUUUCUGUCCAGUAAUCCCAUUUUCUCUCAAUUAUCUUAGAAGUUAUGUAUGUCAUAUUCAUUUUAUGUACUUAAUCACUUCAUUGUGAAAAUGGGAUCACUUGAUAACGGGGCCAAUUGAAAAUGGGACCAUUGCACUGUUUAACUUAUAAUCUGUGGCAAAUUCUUUCUUUAAUUUGGGUUAGGUUUGGAGAAAGGUCUAGUCAUUUGAGUGCAAAUUUUCAAAGUCUUCAGUUAUGCUAAGAAAAAAAAUGGAUCAGGAGUGUUUUGUUCUUUUGAAAAAUUUGAAAUGCGCACUACACCAGAGCACAAGAAUGGAAAGAAAAUCCUUGUAACAUAACAAUGCCCAGACAAUAUUUCUCAUCAAUCUUCAUUUUGAAAUGGGAGCAAACCUUAACUAAACAGAAAAUUGUUAUUUCUUUACCUCAUAAAACAGGAAGGUAUGUAAUCCAUAUGUAUAAUCUGUGUUGUAGAAAGUUGAUAAUUUGAUCAGUUUGAUUUUUAUUUUGCUAAAGGUUUAAGCAAAGAAAGAGCUGAAACUUUUUUUCAAGAAUCAAACCAAAUUUGAUGCCUUUUGAUAGCCGCUGUUAGUUUGAUCAGAAUUCCCUUUGGCAUUUGUAAAGGUGAAACUUACUAAUUCAGAAUUUAUUGGUUAUUGUACUGUCUUGUAUUGUCUAGUUCAAAUCACUGGGUAAUUAGAUUUUUUUAAAUCAUUCCCCAAAGUCUCUAUAUCUCAGUUACAAAGGAGUAUUUGUAACUUCUGUCAGAACCUUGAUUCUAUUGAAUUGCAUCAGUUCAUGAAUGUACUUGCCCUGGGGUUAAAUGAAACAUUUUCAGAAAAAUAUCAAUGUUGUAUGUUUUGCAUUAUUUUCCACUAAAGCCUGUCAGAAACUUCACCCAACUACUUGAAAUCCUCACACUUGAAUAUUGGCUUCCUCUUUAAACGGCUUUAAACAAAUUUGUAAAGUAUGGUAUUAAAUCUGGAGUCAAAUUCUACUUUAGUCCAUCGGCUAUGGGGGGGGGGGGAAGGUGUGCGUGGCUUGCACCUACAUGGUUAAGAUGUUGAGUUGCUUGAGAUGAGAGUUUGUUCACUUUUAUUCAAGUGCCCUUAGGUGGGUGUUCCCACCAUGACAUUUUUGCAUUUCCCAAUGAAAUGUGUUUAUUGGCUUUUGUUAUUUGCGGUCACUUCAAAAUAAUAUCCUGCAGUUACUGCCAGUUGUGUUGGAUAUACUUUCUGUCUCCUGGUUAGUGAAGUCGUAUCAGAGACAUUUGACAAAAGUAUGUGCUGACUUUGCCUGUGUGGCUUCUGCAUACCUUCCCUGCCACCCCCAACCCAACCUCUGACAGUAGAACAGUACAUUUACAAUAUUGAUGUUCUUGGUAUGGACAACUAAUAGAAUAGUUAAUCUUGAUAUAACUUCUACUUGAAGUGACUCCAGAUUGCCAUUCAGGUCUGUUUUAAUUUCUGUUUGCAUUACCAUUAUGGAAUAGUGUUUUUUGUUUGAGCUGCUUAUUCUGCAGGUAACAGGAUACUAUAUUUACGUCCUGAGACAAGUUAGUUUUAAUUGGCUGUCAAAGGCAGGUGGAUUCGAAUCACCUGUGUUACAUGUACACUUAAUCUGUGGUUGCUUUGUUUGAUUUAUGGAUGCUUUGGAGUGAUGUUGGCACUCAUCCUGGUUUGUAUUGUAUUUUUGCUGCUAUUCUGAGUCUUGACACUCAAUUAUAAAUUUGUACUUAAGGGAUGUUACUGAGGGACUGCUGUCUUUUUACUGAGAUUUAACAACAAACCUGGUCAGAUCUUUGAUAAGAUUCUUGAUGUUCAUGCCAAUGUUUCCCACCAGCAAUCACCUCCGAAAGCACAUGAACCAAUUAAGCAUCACAAUUGAUGUUACUGAUUCACCACACUUCAAUUCAUGUUGAAGGGGGCUUGGGAAGUCAUAUUUGAUGAUGCACAAUGCCAAGUAUAUUUCCAAAGAUGAAUGGAAUCUUGAGGAUUAUCCAGCUCAGUAAUGAAACACUAUCAGUUUCUGGAAUUCUUCAAACUGAUCUGGUUAAUUUCAAACGCUAUAAUGCUCCUGCAUUAAAUCCUCAGCACACAGUUUUUUUUUGGUCUAAUAUUUAACAAUUUCAGUUGCAGCGACAGUUGUAAUUGGUAAAUUGUGUGUCUGGAACAAAAUAACAAAUUGCAGUAAAUACACAGCAGAUCAGGCAACAUCUGUGUAGAUGAGAAUACAUAAAGUAGAAGUUGUGAGCAGGCCAGCAGAUCCAUUCAAGCCUGCCCUGGCAUUUACUUUAGACAAUGAUUGCUUCUGUGGAUCAUCACCACACACCCUGACCCACUUCAGGUUGAUGACCCAGAGCUUUGGAUCAGUGCUGCCAGAUCUGAGUAUUACCAGUGCUUUAUUUUUAUUGAACUUUCCAAAAUCUGUAUUUUACUUUGGUCUGAAACUGAAGAUUAUACCAAACCUUGUUACUUUUCAAGACCCCAAAAUGAAUAAAGUCUUGUAAUUGGUAAACAUGUUCAAAGUAAAUUUAUUAUCAAAGUACAUAUUUGUCACCAUGUACUACCCUAAGAUUCAUUUUCUUGCGGGCAUUCACAGUUGAUAUAAUGGAUUCACUGGAAAAACUGCGCACAGCAUAGAUGGGCAAACAAACAAUGUGCAAAAGACAAACUGUACAAAUACAAAAAGGGAAAAAACAAAAUAAUAAAUAAUAAAUAUUGAGAACUUGAGUUGUAGAGUCCUUGAAAGUGAGUCCAUAGGUUGUGAAACCAGUUCAGUGUUGAGGUGAGUGAAGUUGCUCCCCUCUGGUUUGAGAACCUGAUGGUGGGGAUCCUUGAUGGAUGUUGCUUUCCUGCGACAGUGCUUGUAGAUGUGCUCAAUGGUGGGGAAGGCUUUACCGGUGAAGGACUAUGCUGUAUCUACUACUUUGUGUAGGAUUUUCCAUUCAAGGACAUUGGUGUUUCCAUACCAGGCUGUGAUGCAACCAGUUAAUAUGCUCUCCACAAUAUGUUUUAGAUGAUAUGCUGAAUCUUUGCAGACUUCUAAGUAGAGAUUCUACUUUUAUUGGUAUGAGAGAGGAAAUCAAGAUUGGUUGAGUGUUAGACUAUGGUUGAGUCACUCAGCCAUAUUGUGUAGUGUUACAACAUGUAAUUUUAGAUCUGUAUAUCAGAUAGGAGGAAGAUUAUUAUCUUCAUAAUUUCCCAGGUUUUAAAAAAUACUAGUUUUUAUUGAAAGCUGUAAAGAUAAUAAUUACCAGCUCACAUUUUAUGCUACUGGUCUUAGUAAAUUAUUUUGACUGCACUACAUGUAUCAAGGAAAUGCCUUUACUCGCCAAAGGAUAUUGACAAUUACAUUAAAAUGAGCAGCAUUCUGUUAUUUGAAUGUAACUAUGCAGUCAAUACACACAUUUUUAAAGGCCUUUGUUCAUCCAUGAAAAAAGCUCAGAUCUUGAAAAUUUUUGUGAAAUCACCAAAAAAUAUUGAUAAACAAGGUGAAUGAAGACCAAUUGACUGUGCUAUAUCACUUGAAUAAAUGUAAUUUCUUUGCUGAAAUCUUUAUUUGUCAUGUCUAGGUUAUAAAUUUCAGGAUGAUGGUGAAAGCUGUGGAAUGUAAUUGUAUAUAAAGCUAAUUGUAUAUUUUGGAGUUGUAAAAUUAUGCAGUAGCGUAAAUAGCAUGAAUUAUAGUUCUGUCAUAUUCUAAGUAUCAAAGAUUAAGAAAUAAAAUUCUGAC